AUGUUCAAAGUGCUACCUUGCAAGAGGAAGGAGCAGGAGCAGAGCAAACUGGAGCGCAACCAGGGCCCCAAGCGAACCCGGCUGGUGUUCACCGACCUGCAGCGGCGCACCCUGCUGGCCAUCUUCCGCGAGAACCACCGCCCGACCAAAGAGCUGCAGAUCACCAUCUCCCAGCAGCUCGGCCUGGAGCUCUCCACCGUCUCCAACUUCUUCAUGAACGCACGCCGACGCAACAUCAACAAGUGGGCAGACGAGGGCCGCCCAUCCUCCACGGGCUCCUCGGGGUCCAGCGUCUCCUCGUCCGCCGUCUCCUGCAGCACGGCGUGA